GAGGCUGUAAUCAAACCCACAAAACAUAUACUUGAUAUUUUUUUCUUAAGAAAGAGAGAAUGUUAACGCACAAAUCUGGGAAGCGUUACUUAGUUUCUCCGGCAGAUGAAUUCAUCAAAUAUUUUAUCAGAAAGAAAAGCCAUGUUUCAUUCUUUUAUGCUGCUGAGGAAUUGAGGUUCGAAAUCGUGUCGGAGGAGGAUGUUGCGGAGAGAACAGUUACCAUGAACAUACUUGGGACCCUAAUUUCAGAAGGCUACAAAACGGUCAAAGUAAGAAUCACCGUCGCUCCAUGGGAGGAAGAGAUUACAAAAAGCUGCUUGGAGUACACCUUCGAGUUCGACAAGAUUAAAAAUCACAUCAGAAAAACUGAGAUCGUCGAAUCCCUACUCACGUACAUCGAUAUAAGCGAUACCAAUAAUAACAGAAGUGAUGAUAAUUUUAAGUACAACUCCUUUGACGCUGCGUAUCCGGCGGAAGAAUACUUCAAGCGUAAAGUCAAAGCAUUUGAAGAAGAUGAUGACGUGACGGUGGGGGAUGUGAAUAGGAUAAAUAAGAGAUUUACGGUGAGUUUCAUCAGCGCUCCUUUCUUGUCGGAUUCUUACGAAGACGGAAGUAUUUUCCAGAGUAUGGAAGUAACCAUCACUAUUACUCCUAAGAAAGAUGAUAACAGCCGUAGCCGCGUGAAAUGGACCAUCAAGGUCGAGAAGUUUGAUUAUAGCAAGGAACAAGCAGACUUCUUUUUCAUAGCAGCCGAUCAUAUCCGUGAGACUAUUAUGGCUGCAUAGAGUUAAGCUUCGUAAAUUAAUGUUAUAAAUCGAAAGUUUCAUUUACACAUAGGACCGUCUAAAUAAAAUGGCACCUAUAUCUAUUUAUAUGUCUCUGUUGCAUGAAUUUCUUAUAACAGUUGGUAUUUGGGGAUGCAUGGACGUUGUAUGCUCGAUGAAUAAUAUAUUGAUAUUUGCAUAUUUCUGUUAGACGGACCAAUGCUUAUAAUACAUCAAAAAGGCUAAUUUAAUAUGUCGAUUUGCAUAUUAUUGUUGGACUGGUGGUUUAUCAUUGACCAAAAAACAAAACCAAAAGUAAAAGAAAAUAUAAUUUUUUAACCGAAGAGACAUUGAUAAUGGUAGUAGCUAUCAUCCGUAACCUUUUUCUUGACAAAUUAACAAAUUAAUUAAAUGUUAAGUAAUAGAUAUUUAGUAACGGGAAAAAACUAGUUUAACUCUAAUUCAUUAGUUAAUUACUGGAAUGACUCUAAUUUUAUUUUAAUUACUAGUUUAUUUUUCAUACUUGUUUUACCCCUAAGUCAUUUAUUAUCAAAAAUAAUAAUUACGAAAAUGUCAUUACUCACAAACUUAUUUGUCCAUGUUUUAUGUAACCACAAACUUAUAUUUAUUUAUUUUUAUGACAGAUUUAUCUUAAAUUUUAUAGACUUAAUUAAAUUUCUACAGAUUUAUUCUAACAAAUUUAUCAUGUUUGGUCACAGAUUUAUUAAAUUCUUACAGAUUUAAUAAGAUUUAGUUUCUUUGACCACAAAUUUACUUAAUUUUGACAGAUUUAUAUACAAUUUGAUAGAUUCGUUUUUUUCUUUGCCACCGAUUAACCUAUUUUUGACAGAUUUAUUUGCGGUUUGGCUGAUUAUUAUCUUUUGACCAUAGAUUUACUUUAUUUUGACAGAUUUAAUAUGGAUUUGAUAGAUUUGUUUAUCUUGACCACAAAUUUAUUUACAAUUUGAUAGAUUUAUUUUACAUUGGCGGCAGAUUAAUACCGAUUACCAGAUUUAUUAAUUAUUUGGUCACUGAUUUAUUAAAUUCUACUUAACUGAACUGGUUAUUGAAAACAGAUUUAACCAUUAAAUUCUGAAUUAUUUUAGUUAACUGAUAAUUUUAAUUGAAAUAAACAUUUACUUCAUAUUUAUUGAUUCACACUCUAACUUUUUCUAUGUUCACCAAAAGAUGGUGUGAUGGUGGAGGAUGUGAAUAGGAAAAACAAGAGAUUUACGAUGAAUUUCAUCAGAUUUGACCACGAAUUUAUUUACAAUUUGAUAGAUUUAUUUUACAUUGGCGACAAAUUAAUACCAACUACCAGAUUUAUUAAUUAUUUGGUUACGGAUUUAUUAAAUUCUACUUAACCGAACUCGUUAUUGAAAACAGAUUUAAGUAUUUAACCAUUAAAUUCUGAAUUAUUUUAGUUAACUGAUAAUUUUAAUUGAAAUAAACAUUUACUUCAUAUUUAUUGAUUCACACCCUAACUUUUUUCUAUGUUCACCAAAAGAUGGCGUGACGGUGGAGGAUGUGAAUAGGAAAAACAAGAGAUUUACGAUGAGUUUCAUCAGCGCUCCUUUCUUGUCGGAUUCUUACGAACAGGCCCGGCCUGGAAAUAUUUUGAACUGGAAGCAGCACACUUUAUUUUGGGCCUGUUAUUGAAUAAUUUUAAAAGGAUAAAAAUAAACAGAGGGAACGUGGCCUAUGGAGUUUGAACCGUGCACAAGAAAGAGAGCUUUUUCGCCCUUAUACCAACUAUGCUACUGAAGAAUUCAACAACAAAAGGACCGAAAUAAUAUAUAGCUUAUUCAAGGGCCGGAAGCAUAUGCUUCCUUCGCUUGUACCCAUGGCCGCUAAUACGAAGACGGAAGUAUUUUCCAGAGUAUGGAAGUAACCAUCACUAUUUUUUUUUUUUGGUAAAAAUGUAUAGAUAUUAUUACCAGGAUUUUUAAAUUUUUGACAGAAUUACAUAGAAGACAAGAGAAGCAUAAUAAAUGAAGAAAACAACUAAACAGAAACACUUUCUAGUCUAAAGGAAGGCUGACACUACGGUAUAACUACUUACCAGAAGGCACUACUCCAUUAGCACUAACCGCUUGCCACAAAAGGAGAAACCACAGUAAUUGCGAGAGACAGAGCCCGGUAGAAAUUGGCGUACCCGAUGAACUGCUCUUUAAGAUUUGGUUUAACCGAGAACAGCUCGCAGUAGACCUCCAAAACAGAAACCAACAUGGCCAUACAGCAACACACAAGGCCAACCCGGUCGACAAGGCAGCGCAUUUAUUCGGAAAAAAAUGAAAACCUCCAAAGAUCGCCACACGCCAAAGCCCUACACCAAGCAGACAGAGAAAACUACACCACCAUACCAUAGCAAUAGUGGACAAGAGACAACCCCAGAUCAUGUUCCUGCACGAGCUUUCUUUGUACGCAACGCCACCAAGAAGAAGAGUCAUGGUUGACUAAUCCGAUGACUAUCCUCCUCUCAUGCACCCACAACGGAGAACCAGCAGCGGACCUACCUAGCUUGGAACAGAAAGCAUCCCUGGAGGCUCUCCAACAAAAGCAAAAAGACGGGCUCGAUGAACUGCUUGUUACAACAUCCCGACCACGCUCACAAGGCCUACAAGAAGAGAGUGACCAAACACUGCCGAACAGUCCUAGAGACCACCGUCGACACUGGGAAGUGCCGGUCACCACAAGGAGUCUCUGAGGUAAGCUUAAGUUUGGAGACAACCCAAACGGUCUAAGCACCUUGCCUAUAGUUUAUUACGAGAACCGUAACCAAUCUCUUCACACGCAAAAGAUUGAAACGGAGACACGGACCAACCUACACAAACUGAUACAAGGAGCAGUCUUCUGAUUAGCGAGCCGGCUGCAUCACAGAAGAAACGGGAAGAAGAACUGGGUAGAGGAGACAGCUGAGCCGGAUGACAACGGAGCUGCCAAGCAUGGCCAUAGACGACCACACCAUUACAUCAGAUCCGCAAAUCUCCACAAGCCAACACCAGUAACCCUAGCACGCGCUAGGAAAGCCACCAGCAUAUAGCACGCCGACGAGGAAACAACACUCCGAAGCACUCACGGCGUCAAAAGAGAGUCGGAGUCCACCGAGACGCCAAGGCAAGACCACAUGAAAAACUCUGAACGCCACACCUCCGACAAGGAGCGGUACAGGCCAGAUCUAGAGAUCCACCACCGGAACAGAGAGAGGAGUCGGCCUCCUACCACCACGCGCCGUCACCUUCAAGAUAGGGUAGAUCUGGAAAAACCCCCACUCGCGAAACCCUAAAACGCCGACCCUGACUCAACCACCUCCUCUCUAACCUCACUUCAGUACCAGAGAACCAAACCACAACCACCGGGUCCGGUCGCGACUUUGUCACCGGCGAGGCUCUUCUUCCAGGGUUGAAAGCAUCUCGGUUGGAGAGAAGGAGGCGAAAACAGAGCAAAGAAACAGAAAAGAGGAAAGGAUAGGGAGAGAACCCUCCGGCGGAGCUUAGACGGCCCACGCGCCGGAGGUACACCGGAGACGCUGGAAGUUUGCGAAAGAGAAAGUCGGGUGGUGGGGAGAGAAAGUCGGGUGGUGGGGAGAGAGAACAACCGAGAUUCCGUUUCCGUAACCAUCACUAUUACUCCUAAGAAAGAUGAUAACAGCCGUAGCCGCGUGAAAUGGACCAUCAAGGUCGAGAAGUUUGAUUAUAGCAAGGAACAAGCAGACUUCUUUUUCAUAGCAGCCGAUCAUAUCCGUGAGACUAUUAUGGCUGCAUAGAGUUAAGCUUCGUAAAUUAAUGUUAUAAAUCGAAAGUUUCAUUUACACAUAGGACCGUCUAAAUAAAAUGGCACCUAUAUCUAUUUAUAUGUCUAUGUUGCAUGAAUUUCUUAUAACAGUUGGUAUUUGGGGAUGCAUGGACGUUGUAUGCUCGAUGAAUAAUAAUAUAUUGAUAUUUGCAUAUUUCUGU